CACGCAGCCUCAGAGUGCUCCGCAGCGGCUUGGCCGUCCCGCCUCCUUGUCCCCGGUCCCGAUCCGCUUCAGUCGGCAAUUAUCCUCCUCCGCCGCUGCACAGCGCGGGGCCACCGUCGCCCCCAGCCUCUGUCUACAAGAAGUAGUGGUGAGGGGCGGCGAACCCGUUCUAGAGAGGCGGCGUCACCGGUCUCCAUCUCAGGAUCACAUAUCUGGUCAACAUCCUGAUGAUCUCUGCCACCUCCCUCUUCCCGAUAAACUUUCCUGUUGGAUAUAGGCGCCCACGCAGCAUUCGCAUUUCCUGCUGCGGCCAACGGAACUCUUGUCCCCGUAGCUGAAGACAAGAAAUGGCCAAAGUGGAGCACAUUAUGCCUGACGUAGAGAUAGAGGAACUGGGUAAUUCAAUGAAGAGUGAGCUGAUAAGCUGUAUUUCAUCACAUAUUGAUUAUGACAGUGGUUCUGAAUUCUGCUUGAUACCAAGAAUACAUCCGCACAUUCGUAUGAUAGAUAGAAAUUCUUAUGACCCAAUAAUGUUGUCAAUUGGCCCUUAUAACAAUGGAUCUUCAGCACUUUCUUCUAUGGAGAGUGAAAAAUGGAACCGCUUGGACUACAUCCUUAAGUUGAAUUGUGAGAAGGGUCUGAAAGAUUACUUGACCAUCAUAAACAGACUAGAGAAAAGAGCAAGGAUGUGUUAUUCUGGGGAUAUUAAAAUGAAUAAGAGGAAGUUCUUGCAGACUCUCUUGCUUGAUGGAUGUUUUGUCCUUGUUUCACUCGGAGGACUCAAUGAAUUUAUAAGUGCUGGACCCCAAAGAGCCACGGCUAGUUCAUCACAUGCCGAAAUAGUUGAGGAAGAAAUGACUUCUGGACAGCCAAACUUAACAGAGAGAAUUGAUAUUCAACAAAUAAACACCAGGAACCAGAAUGACAUAAUAAACAUUGUAGUAGAAGAAAAUACAGUGCCUGAGAUCGAGUUAUGUUUGGAAAUCAGUGACCAUCAAACAGAGCAAUGUGUAUAUCAGGAUAACACUAGACAGAUCGGACAGUGGUAUGAUAUCUUUGUUAUACAUGAUCUACUCUUGCUGGAGAACCAAAUUCCCUUUUUCAUAGUUGAGGCAAUAUAUGAGGUAGUAAGUUCAAACAAGAUGACACCAACGUGUAAAUCAGGUGUUGCUAGAUUUAUAGAAAUGACCCUGCCAUUCUAUCCAACAGCAAUACGAGAAUCCAGUCGCCCAAUAGAUUUUGAUCAUUUGCUUCACCUGUGUCAUAUGUAUUUCAGACCCAGUUCUAACGAGCAAGAGCACAAGGAGCUCACAGCGCAACACUACAUUCAUCAGUUCCUUCAGCUGGGACAGGGUUAUCUCAGCCAUUUAGGUUUGUCGCAGGAUGACCAUUUUCCUAAUCGAUGGCGCCGAGCAACACAGUAUCAUGAAGCUGGCAUUGAGUUUAAGAGGAGAACAUAUUCUGAGCAUAAUCCCCAUUCACUCCUGGAUAUAAAACUCAGAAAUGGUAUCCUGGAAUUCCCCUUCUUGUUUGUGGAUGACCAAACCAGUGUCCUUUUCAGAAACUUCAUUGCACUAGAGCAAACAUGUCCGCAAGUCGGAAAUGAUGUGACUGCUUACAUUAUCUUCCUGGCUAAGCUGAUGAGCAUGCCAGAUGAUAUAGCACUGCUGGCUCGAAAGGGGGUCAUCGCACAUCAUAUGCGCAGCGACAGAGAUGUAUCGCAGCUCUUUACCAGGCUGACAAAAGGUGUUGUCUUCGAUUUCUAUGGGAACUAUUACCUAAAUCACAUGUGUUUAGCCCUGGAGGCAUAUUAUCAAAACCGUCUGCACAGGUGGGUUGCGUGGCUGAGGCACAACCAUUUGAGCAAUCCAUGGUUGGUUGUCGCAGCGUUGGCUGGUGUUAUUGUGCUUUUCUGCACCAUUGCACAGACCGUCCUUACUGUCGAGUCUUAUGUAAAUCCCAAGUAAGCACUGGGCGUAAAUUGACUAUGGGAUUCGGAUUUAUCUAUGUCCACUUUUAGUCCCAAAGAAAAUAAACUAUCUCCAUCUCUC